CCCAGCCGGCCGCGAUCUUCUACCCUUUCCACCCGUAGGGUCUCCGGCUUCUCUGCGGGGAACGUUCCUGAGCUCCCAGCAAGCAGGGUGGACCCCGCCUCGCCUCCUCCCCUCGGGCUCGGGCGGCGCAGGCGCAGCAGACGCGCCCGGGAGGCCGAGGACUAGAGCGGCUCCAGCUCCCGCUCCACCCGCCCAGUCAGCUCCCGGCUGGUCUGAGGCCACCGGGACGCGUCGGGCAGGGCAGCGGGCGGCGUCGCCAUGGGCUCGGGUUGGAGCAGCGAGGAAGAGGAGCGGCAGCCGCUGCUGGGGCCGGGACUCGGGCCUGCGCCGGGGGCUACGCGCAGGGGCCGGGAGGCGGCGGCUGUGCUGCCCGCGGCGGGCCCGAGCCCCGGGAGGGUGUAUGGGCGCCGCUGGCUGGUGCUGCUUCUCUUCUCGCUCCUGGCGUUCGCACAGGGCCUGGUCUGGAAUACCUGGGGCCCCAUCCAGAACUCGGCGCGCCAGGCCUAUAGCUUCACCGGAUGGGACAUCGCGCUCCUGGUCCUGUGGGGGCCCAUAGGCUUCCUGCCCUGCUUCGCGUUCAUGUGGCUGCUGGACAAGAGAGGUCUGCGCAUCACUGUGCUCCUGACGUCCUUUCUCAUGGUCUUGGGCACUGGUCUAAGGUGCAUACCGGUAUCAGACUUAACCCUUAAAAAACGAUUAAUCCAUGGGGGGCAGAUACUAAACGGACUGGCAGGUCCGACUGUCAUGAAUGCAGCGCCGUUCCUCUCCACCACCUGGUUCUCUGCUGACGAGCGAGCCACUGCCACCGCGAUCGCUUCGAUGCUGAGCUAUCUCGGUGGAGCAUGCGCGUUCCUCGUCGGGCCCCUGGUGGUUCCGGCGCCCAAUGGGACAGCACCGCUCCUCACUGCGGAGAGUAGCAGGGAUCAUAUCAAAGACCGAAUCGAGACUGUGCUAUACGCAGAAUUUGGAGUUGUCUGCCUAAUAUUCUCUGCCACGCUCGCUUAUUUCCCGCCUCGGCCUCCGCUUCCUCCCAGCGUUGCUGCUGCCAGCCAGCGGCUGAGUUACCGGAGGAGCUUUUGUAGGUUACUAAGCAAUUUGAGGUUUUUGAUGAUUGCUUUAGCAUACGCAAUACCACUGGGUGUGUUUGCUGGCUGGUCUGGAGUUCUGGACUUGAUUUUAACACCAGUGCAUGUUAGUCAAGUAGAUGCUGGCUGGAUUGGAUUUUGGUCCAUAGUUGGAGGCUGUGUUGUUGGAAUAGCUAUGGCAAGGUUUGCAGAUUUUAUCCGGGGUAUGCUGAAACUAAUUCUUCUCCUCCUGUUUUCUGGGGCUACGCUGUCAUCCACGUGGUUCACCCUGACCUGUCUGAACAGCGUCACCCACUUGCCUUUGACAACAGUGACACUGUAUGCCUCCUGCAUCCUCCUGGGAGUCUUCUUGAACAGCAGCGUUCCUAUAUUCUUUGAGCUUUUUGUGGAAACUGUCUACCCCGUGCCAGAAGGGAUUACCUGUGGAGUUGUCACUUUCUUAAGUAAUAUGUUCAUGGGAGUGCUUUUAUUUUUUGUCACAUUUUAUCAUACAGAGUUGUCUUGGUUCAACUGGUGCCUUCCCGGGUCGUGUCUGCUCAGUCUUCUUCUCAUUCUGUGCUUCAGGGAAUCCUAUGACAGGCUGUACCUUGAUGUGGUCGUCUCGGUCUGAGGCCACAGACUGGUGGGACUUUAAAGGGACCUCAGUACUGCACCUUUGCUUGGACUCGCACAUGCGCUGGGAGAAAAGGUGAAGAAAGGAUUCUCUCAGAGGUUCUGUUAAGUGACAGAGUCUCACGUUAAUUUAAUGACUACUAGGUAAUAAUAAUGCAGGACUCGGUGUCACGAACUCGAGGACUCGUGGACAGCACACGCGUGCUAGUGGCUCUGGGGUGGAGGUGCGAUGGCUCACACAGGAUGCGCUGCCCCGUAAGUCAUGCCCGUGUGCAUUGCACCUGUGCUAACUGAUGAGCUGAACUGCCGCAGGAAGCAUGGGCGUCAGCCCUCUGAAGAGGACUCCUCCCAGGCACACAACAGGAAUGGAGUCACCACUAACUUCUGAAGACAUCAGACCCCUGUCAGAUUUUAAUUACAAAAUAGCCGGGGUGUACCCCGGUGAUAGAAGUUAGCCCGUGUACACUACAUGUUUUUCUAAUAAACCCGUUUCUUAUACGACUCCUCAUUUUUAAUCUGGUUGGAAGCCUCUGGCUGUCCUUUGCACAGGCCCUGGCUCCUUCCCAUCCACCCGUUUCUGUGAGUAUAGUCAGUCACGCCAGCAAGGUGAGUAAAUGCCCGAUAGGGUGCCAUUAACUGUUGUGUGGAAAGCAUAACUCUGUUAGGGUUUAGCACUUUGUUAAAAAUGAAAGCCACAUGGAGCAUGUGUGUCUCCAGUACAUGUGCUGGCACAAGUGUGAAGUCCAGCGCCCACUGUAACUUACCAGGUUAGAUUGUAGUCAAACGACCCCCCAUUUGAAAAGAACAAUGUAUAACUCUGAAGGUUUGAAGAUCUGUGUGUGAUUUCUGAACUGUACCCGUGUAUUUAAUUUAGAUUGUAACAUACUCGAUUCUAAAUGAAGUCAUUGUAUUUGAUUGGACAGAUUUUUGCCAAUAACUAUUUCUUUCUAUAAAUAAUGGAUUUUUACAAAACACA